AUGGUGGUGUUGGAUAGAAUCAACUUCCAGAUGGGUCCUCAAGAAGAUUUGUUCAAAGGCCAGAUUUUUUCUCCAGCAGACACCCUGCCCCAACAACAACUACAAGUGCUCCAAGAACAACCACAGCUGCUCCAACAACAACCACAGCUGCCCCAGCAACUACAAAUGCUUCAACAACAACCACAGCUGCCUCACCAACAACCACAGCCGCCCCAACAACUACAAACAACUACAAAUGCUCCAACAACAACCACAGCUGCCCCAAUAACAACCACAGCCGCCCCAACAACAACCACAGCUGCCCCAACAACAACCACUUCUGCCACAACAACAACUACCGCUGCUCCAACAACAACCACAGCUGCUCCAACAACCACAGCUGCCCCAACAACAACCACAGCUGCCCCAACAACUACAAAUGUUCCAACAACAACCACAGCCGCCCCAACAACAACCACAGCUGCCCCAACAACUACAAAUGUUCUUACAACAACCAUAGCUGCCCCAAUAACAACCACAGCCACCCCAACAGCAACCACAGCUGCACCAAAAACAACCACAGCCGCCCCAACAACAACAAAUGCUCCAACAACAACCACAGCUGCCCCAACAACAAUUACCGCUGCCCCAACAAAAACCACAGCUGCCCCAACAAAAACCACAGCCGCCCCAACAACUACAAAUGCUCCAACAACAACCACAACUGCCCCAAUAACAACCACAGCCACCCCAACAACAACCAGAGCUGCCCCAACAACAACAACAGCCGUCCCAACAACUACAAAUGCUCCAACAACAACCACAGCUGCCCCAACAACUACUACAGCUGCUCCAACAACAACCACAGCUGACCCAACAACAACCACAGCCGCCCAAAAAACAACCACAGCUGCCCCAACAACAAGCACACCUGCCCCAACAGCAACCACAGCUGCACCAAAAACAACCACAGCCGCCCCAACAACAACAAAUGCUCCAACAACAACCACAGCUGCCCCAACAACAAUUACCGCUGCCCCAACAACAACCACAGCUGCCCCAACAAAAACCACAGCCGCCCCAACAACUACAAAUGCUCCAACAACCACAGCUGCCCCAAUAACAACAAUAGCCGCCCCAACAACAACCACAGCCGCCCCAACAACUACAAGUGCUCCAACAAAAACCACAGCUGCCCCAACAACAACUACCGCUUCUCCAACAACAGCCACAGCUGCUCCAACAACCACAGCUGCCCCAACAAAAACCACAGCCGCCCCAACAACUACAAAUGCUCCAACAACAACCACAACUGCCCCAAUAACAAUCACAGCCGCCCCAACAACAACCAGAGCUGCCCCAACAACAACCACAGCCGCCCCAACAACUAUAAAUGCUCCAACAACAACCACAGCUGCCCCAACAACUACUACAGCUGCUCCAACAACAACCACAGCUGCCCCAACAACAACCACAGCCGCCCAAAAAACAACCACAGCUGCCCCAACAACAAGCACACCUGCCCCAACAACAACUACAAGUGCUCCAACAACAACCACAGCUGUUUCAACAACAACCACAGCUGCCCCAACAACAACCACAGCUGCCCGAACAAUAACCACAGCCGCCCCAACAACAACCACAGCUGCCCCAACAACAACUACAAGUGCUCCAACAACAACCACCACUGCUCCAACUACAACAACAGUUGCUCCAACAACAACCUCGGCAGCUCCAUCUACAACCACAGAUGCCCCAACAACAACCACAGCUGCCCCUAAAACAACUACAAGUGCUCCAACAACAACGACAGCUGCUCCAACAACAACGACAGCUGCUCCAACAACAACCACAGCUGCCCCAACAACAACCACAGCCGCCCCAACAACAACCACAGCUGCCCCAACAACUACAAAUGCUCCAACAACAACCACAGCUGCCCCAACAACAACUACAAGUGCUCCAACAACAACCACAGCUGCCCCGAAAACAACUACAGCUGCUCCAACAACGACAGCCGCCCCAACAACAACAAAUGCUCCAACAACAACCACAGCUGCCCCAAUAACAACCACAGCUGCCCCAACAACAACCACACCUGCCCCAACAACAACCACAGCUGCCCCAACAACAACCACAGCCGCCCCAGCAACUACAAAUGCUCCAACAACAACCACAGCCGCCCCAACAACAACUACAAAUGCUCCAACAACAACCACAGCUGCCCCAACAACAACCACAGCCGCCCCAACAACAACCACAGCCGCCCCAACAACUAAAAAUGCUCCAACAACAACCACAGCUGCCCCAACUACAACCACAGCUGCUCCAACAACCACAGCUGCCCCAACAACAACCACAGCCGCCCCAACAACUACAAAUGCUCCAACAACAACCACAGCUGCCCCCAUAACAACCACAGCCGCCCCAACAACAACCACAGCUGCCCCAACAACAACUACAGCUGCAUCAACAAAAACCACCACUGCCUCAACAACCACAGCUGCCCCAACAACUACAACUGCUCCAACAACAACCACACCCGCCCAAACAACAACCACAGAUGCCCCAAUAACAACCACAGCUGCUCCAACAACCACAGAUGCCCCAACAACAACCACAGAUGCCCCAACAACAACCACAGCUGCCCCAACAACAACUACAAUUGCUCCAACAACAACCACAGCUGCCCCAACAACUACCACAGCUGCCUCAACAACAACCACAGCUGCCCCAACAACAACCACAGCCGCCCCAACAACAACCACAGCUGCCCCAACAACAACUACAAGUGCUCCAAAAACAACCACAGCUGCUCCAACUGCAACAACAUUUGCUCCAACAACAACCACAGCAGCUCCAUCUACAACCACAGCCGCCCCAUCAACAACCACAGCUGCCCCAACAACAACCACAGCUGCCCCAACAACAACCACAGCUGCUCUAACAACAACCAAAGCCGCCCCAACUACAACCAUAGCUGCUUCGACUUCAAGCACAACUGCUCCAACUACAACAGCAACUGAACCAACUACUACCACAAAAGCUCAAACAACAACAAUCACAGCUGCUCCAACAACAGCUACACCAGCCACAACAAAAAGCACAGCUGCUCCCACUAUAACCACAGCUGCCCCAACCACACUCACAGCAACUCGGACUACAACCACAACUGCUCCACCAACAACCACAGCAGCUCGAACCAUAACUACCAUUGCAGCUCCAACAACAACCAUAGCUACUACAACUACAUCCACAACAGCCCCAACCCCAACAACCACUGCAGCUCCAACAACCACCACACAAGCCCCCAUGACAACCACAGCUUUUCCAACUACAACAACUGAACCAACAAAAACCACAGCUAUCCCAACAAACACAGGUGCUCCCACUGCAAGUACAGCUGCUCCAGCAACAACAACCACAGUAGCUCCAACUACAACCACAACCACACCAGCCACAACAACAACAGCUGCUCCAACAACAACCACAGUUUCACCAACAACAACCACAGAUGCUCCAGCUAUGACCACAGCAGAUACAACAACAACCACCACAAUAAUUCCAACUACUACCACAACUGAACCAACUACUACCACAAAAGCUCAAAGAAGAACCACAUAUGCUCCAAGUCUGACCACAGCCCCAACAACGACGACAACAACAACCACUGCAGGCCCAACAAGGACAACAACCACUGCAGCCCCAACAACAACCACAGUGGCUGAAACAACAAUCACAGUAUCCCCAACUAUAGUUCAAAGUCCAACAAUAGCAAAGCAGCUUACAUUUAGAUCUACAGAUGCAUUUUCUGAGGAUUUGUACAAUCCAAGCAGUGAACUCUUCAAAGCACGAGCAAGCCUAAUAGAGGAACUUCUUACACCAAUAUUCUUCAGACAAUUAAAGAUUUUUUUCACUCUGAGAGUAGCCCAUUUCAGACCUGGGUCAGUCGUGAACACUGUGGACCUAACUUUUAAUUCAACAGCUGUUCCAAAUGACACAGCAAUCGUAAAUGCGUUGGUCAGCGAAGCUUCAACCAUCACCAACUUCACCAUUGACACGACCAACAUUACUGUGGAAAUCCUAGGUAUGAAAAAUAAAUAGAAAAAUGGCUUUCGUGGAAAACUGCAUCGAUUUACAAAAUAACCAUAUAGAUUUGUUUCAAAAACACAAUCUUCAAUGACGUGUUAUGAACACUGAUUUAAGUUUAAAAGAAAUAAUCAGCUUUUGUCUUAUUUCUUUCAAUUUUUGUUGUUACCUAGUAAGUAGAAGAUUUAACCUAACUAUUAAAUUUGCUACUGCAGCCCCAAAAACUACAACAUUUGCUCCAACCACAUCCACACCAGCCAUAACUACAACCAAAGCAGCUCUAACCACAACAGCAGCACCAACAACAACCACAGCUGCCCCCACAACAACCAAAGCUGCCCCAACAACAACCACAGCUGCUCUAACAACAACCACAGCUGCUCCAACAACAACCACAGCUGCACCAAUAACAACCACAGCUUUACCAACAUCAACCACAGCUUCACCAACAACAACCACAGCUGCUUCAACAACAACCACAGCUGCCCCAGCUACAACCACAGCUGCUCCAACAUCAACCACAACUGCACCAACAACCAAAGCUGCUUCAACUACAACCACAGCUGCCCCAGCUACA